CUACCUGUCUAGAAAGUUUCACAGGCAGUUAAAAUCACAAAAUAAAAGAAAACUGUAAAACUAGUGUGGGGGUGUAACAUACUGGAUAUAAUAACCCCACUCAUGCCCUGUAGUUGAAAUGACUUGAGUGUUUGUUUGAUCUGCAGCUGAGAGCUCCCGCAGAGAGCCUGGCUGUUAUUGUUUACGGUCAGACCAAAUGUGAAGUAGGUCACAGAAAAAGGAAGCCAGCCCUUCAAUCAGCUGUCUGGGGAGAAGAGUCUUCAGGAGCAGCCUGUCUUCGCUGUUGUCGGUGAUUUAACGUGAAUGCUGGUUGUGAACAACAGGCAGCAGCUGGACGGAUGCUGUUCUUCCAGCAUCUGGACUAAACCUGACUAAAAAAAACUGACUGUCAGGAUCCUCUACUGGUGAGACCCUUGCUGCCAUGUCCAGGCGAAGCAGGAACAGUCGUGCAUGGCGAUAUGUUUGGGGUGGAAUACGGCGUGAUGCUGAUGCCCGGGAACUUGUGUUGGCGUCUGAGAGUGAAGAUUGGAACCGCCUAGAGUACAGUGAUUCGGACUCAGACGCCGAGUUUUCAAUGAUGAUCCCUCCAGUGCCCAGCGCAGUGCCUGUCACCGGAGAGUCCUACUGUGGCUGCGACUCCCGGGCUGAGACUAGCUACAACCCUCGUCUGCGAGGUUUUCACCAAGUUAAAGACUGCCACUGUGGAGAAGAUGACCAAGAGUUUGACUGGGUUUGGGAUGCCAACAGCCGAUCGACAGCAACGUUAUUGAGCUGCGACAAUCGCAAAGUCAACUUCCACUCUGAAUACAGCUGUGGUACAGCUGCAAUCCGUGGCUCUAAGGAGCUGGCUGAAGGGCAGCACUUCUGGGAAAUCAAGAUGACUUCCCCGGUGUACGGAACAGACAUGAUGGUUGGUAUUGGUACAUCUGAUGUCAACCUAGACAAAUACAGACAUUCGUUCUGCAGCCUGCUGGGAAAAGAUUCGGACAGCUGGGGUCUUUCUUACACUGGCUUGUUGCAUCAUAAAGGAGACAAGAUGAACUACUCUUCCCGGUUUGGACAGGGGUCCAUCAUUGGAGUCCAUCUGGACACAUGGCAUGGCACGCUUACUUUCUUCAAGAAUCGCAAGUGUAUAGGUGUUGCUGCCACAGAGCUACAAAAUAAGAGGUUUUAUCCGAUGGCGUGCUCCACAGCAGCGAAGAGCAGCAUGAAGGUGAUCAGGUCCUGCUCUGCACCCACCUCCCUGCUCUAUCUUUGCUGUGCUCGCCUUCGCCAGCUGCUGCCGGACUGUAUAGACACCCUGGACGUGUUACCACUGCCACCGGGCCUUCGUCACUUGCUCCACAACAAACUGGGUUGGGUGCUCAGUCUCAACAGCGGCACCACAGAGGAUGCACCAGACGGGCCUGAGCGCCCGUCAUGCUUGCCUGUCCCACCGUUGGCUGGACCGUCCUCCUCUGAGAGCGACUCAGAGGGUUGUACGUCUGACCCUGAAGCCUGCCAGAGGAAGAGAUGCCGCUGGACAUGACUGACGAUUCCUACCUCCCCUCAAACACUGGCAGACGUUACUGUCCGAUGGCAUCUACUCUAGUGUUACCUACCUGCCUCAAGCUUUCCUCGACAUAAGCGUUACCCAGUAGUGAAGAAAAAAAAAACGGGAUUGGUUGAGCAGAGGGAGUGGUACGUGCUGUAGGUGGAAAACUGUCGGCAGUAUGUCUGCCUGCACGUUUUUACUGUGAUCUUCUCUCAUGCCAUUCACAUGUCUUCAUGCUCAUCACACACUUGGCAUCCAAACCAGCUUCAGUGAUAAGUGAAAAGAUGUGGUGUUAUUUUGUUAGUCAGCAUAGUUUGUUGCAGAUCUGUUGCCAUUCAUGAACGAGGGAUCAGUGACAUGUGAGAAUGGACUGUACAGUGUAACACUGAAGUAUGUAAGUAUGGCCAUAUUUUGCUGGUCAUCAUGGUAUAUUUGCAAAAAAGGGGUUUAAGAAUUUAGACACUAUAUAACUAUUUUCUGUGUUUUCAUCCUGUAUGCAAAUAACGUAUGUUGUUCUCAGCCUAAAUGCUAUUAAUGCACUAUCAAAUCUGUUAUCUGUUUUACUGGCAUCUGCAAUUUUCUGUUAGGUUGCCAAAGUGAGAGUCAGCUGUGUCCCAUGAGUGGAACAGACAGGAAGUGACACGCCAUGGGAGACAGAGUUCUUUAUUUCUUCCCCACUGGUCACAGCUCUAAAAAUAAAAACUAAACAGUCAACAUGUUUAGAUGUAUCUGCAACAUGCACUUUGCAGCUUUUAGUCCUUAGCCCUAGUCCUUUUUGACUUUCAAGGAUCAUCUCCAAACAACUCAUACACCUCUGAUUGUGCUUUUUUUUUUCCUUGAAAAACUUAUAGGAAAAAAAGUUUCAAGUCAAAUAUUUGUUACUUUCAUGGCAACGUCCAUCCAUCUGUUACCAGCUUUUUAAAAGUCUCCUGUCAAAACGUCAUGCUACUUGUUAGUAGAAGCUAUGGAUAUCCUCUUUUCUAACAGAUUUAAGCAGCAUACGUUGUUGUUAGUGUAGCUCUUUUAAGUCCGUAAGAGACAAGUAUGUCAUUUAAAAUUAGACUGCCGCAAAACUCACCUGUCAUCGCUGUUACACCUCAUCAUUUUUAAAAAAUUUUAAAAAGUUUCUUUCAUUGUCAAAAAAUUAAAAUUGAAAGGUUAAACUUUUUUGUACUAAUGUAUUUACGUUUUGUUUUUUUUCCCCAAGGCCUUGUUCCAUCACUUCCUUUACCAUCUCCUUUGGACCCUUAAUUCAUUAAGGUUGUGCUCUAUUCUAAAUCCUUUUAGUGUCAAACACUCAGCACCUGUAGUCCAAAGAUGAGGCUGUGUAUCAGUUCCUAGUUCUCCCCGUUAAAGGAGAACACAGGCUGUGGUCAGCUUGAAUUUGAUUACAAUGGUGACAGUUUUUCACAGCAGAAAACGGUUUUAGAAACUUGUUUGUAUGCUUAGUAUGUUUCUUACAGUAAUCACUUUGUCAAAAUAUGGAUAAAAACACUGUUUCCAUGUUGUACUACUGUCUGACGACAAUCACAAAUCUGACUGAAACUGGAUAUUUAGCCAUAUUUUGACAUAACUGACUAAAAAUGACUGACUAUUUGAACACGCUGAGCCAUUGGACUCACAGUAGAAAGGUGGAUUAAUGCUGCAGUAAUGGUCUGCAAGGUUUUUUUGAUACUUUUUUUUUUUUUUUCUGUGAAAACUUGUCACCUUUUGUAACUGACUGAAUUCAAGGUCAUCACAGCCACCAUUGAACAGGCUUACAAGCCUACAGGGGCUUUAAGUACUCAAAGAAAUUUAAAGAUUAACUUAAUGAAUUAAUGAUUGUGGACAGGAAUGGUUCCCUUGGGUCAGAUAUGUAAAUAAUUCUCAUUUUUAGCUUGUUUGGAGUACUAAACUGUAACGAUAUAAGUAUUGUAAUAGUGUUUGACCCAGUCCUCGGACUGGUGCCUCAGUCACAAAUCUGAUCAUGUUCACUCCUCAAGAUUGUGUUUAGGAAGACAUACUUAAAGACUUAAGGUACUAUGCAAUCCAAGCAUCUUCUGUGAUAACAGUUUCAGAAGGAACUGUAGGAUGGCCCAACACCAGUAAUGUAACCGCCAAGAGGUUAGUUGUAGUCCAACAGAUGUAUUGUCGUCUUUCACAGUAUUAAUCUUCACAUUGAUGCAUCCAAGCACUUUCUCUUACUGUUUUACUGUAAAUAGGACAAUUCUAAGUGUUUCUUCUAUACCAUGUCAUAUAAAUAAUACUGUAUGUGAAGGCCUUUACUUGCCUUUUUCUGUAUAACUUAUCAGCAUGAUUUUCAGCUGAAAAUAAAAUGAAUAUUAAAUAUGCACAAAUGA